AGCAAAAAUGUCCUUGAUCAUGAUGCAACUUAUAUGUGAGUAUGCGUAUUUUCAAGUUUGUGAAUUUGUAAAAUCUGAAAGCAUAUAGACAUAUUACGAAUCUCCCUCAUAUGCAGAUCUUUAUCUUUCGAAAGAAACCGGUUGUAAAUCCACAACCAGAUAUUAAUGUUAUUUGCGAAUUACAUUUUUGUUGUUUCAUAUUUAGGUUUCACUAUUAUCAUUCUCACCAGAGGAGCAUCAGUGAAAGUUCUUCCAGGAGGAAAUGUUACUCUCUCUUGUACCAUUAAAGAUGAUCAAGAGAUCAACUGGAUCAUAAUAAAUGACAAUCAAACAUUUGUUACAAUUCUUAGGCUAGAACACUUGUAUUCAGGUAAACGUAAACCUGAUCCAUCCUUUACUCACCCAGACUAUGAAGGGAGGAUUAUAGCAGUUAGUUCUCUCACACACACUCACUCUCUGAUUCUGAUGAACAUCACCAGCACUGAUCUGAUGCUCUUCUGCUGCACUGACUUCAACAUUAAUCAAUCUUACUGCACAAAACUAAACUUUGAAAAGCAGCAAGUUACAGCUGUAAGUCAUGAUCCGAUCAGCAUAUGGCUGCCUGUCCUCUGUGUGCUUCUGUUGCUGGUCUUAAGUGUUUGUGUGUGUUGGAGAGGAACAGGACUGCAAAGAGGUUGUGGAACAAGUAAUGACCUGCACCCAGACUGUGUUUACAAUAUUGCACAGGGUGAGUUUAAUCACAUUUUGAAGAGACAAGAUGAUCGGACACUGGUUGAGGUUCUGUAUGUACCUAUGUUGUAAUUUCUACCAUUUUUUAACCUUUUUAUAGUCUGUUGAAACUUUUCCCAAUACAAAGACUUGUAUGUUGUAGAUUUUAAUUGUUCUUCUACUGGAAGUCAAGUUUGGUCC